UCCUCCACCACGACUUGUCUGCAAGUCCGUCUCUUACCUGCUCCUGGCAUGAACAUGGUCUACAGCAUGAUGGACAUCGACGGCCAAGCAAGUCCUCGACCUCACCUGCGCGCAAUGCGCUCCUUCAGCGCGGGGGCGAAGCGAGCCCGAUCCCCGGACUCGGAGGAUCCUCCCACAGACCGUCCCGUGAAACGCAUUGCCACCGACAAUGACGCCCCCGCAUCCCGCCCUAUUGUCCAGCUCCACAUCAGAGGGUCUGGGAGCAACCGCGGCAGUCGCCAGUCCUCUGAGGAAUGGCCGAACCAGAUGGGCGGCCUUCGCAUAGACAGCCCGAUGAUAUCUAGCGGCGCGCCCUCGGAGAACGGCGAGGACGACGCUAUGGACGUCGCGAUGGACGCGAUGCCCAGCUCACCCUCACCACACAUCGGGCAGAACUCGGUGUUUGCAUCUUCUGCGCCCAGCUUGUCCAUGUCCUCGAAUGCCGCCGAGCGACCUGCCUUCCUCACAGUGCCGUCCACGCUCGGGAUGCCCGGGAUCGUCGACAAUGUCACAGGGACACCGCACCGGCAAGGCCCGCAGAUCCAGAUCACACCAGCCACGCCCAUGGCAUCCUCCCAAGGACCUGGCAUCUUACCUCAAGGCCUUGAGAUAUCACCCCAGCCUGCGCUCGCGCCCCGGGCAAGCAGCGUCGACAUUGCCAUGUCCUCAUCCUCAUCCCCGUCCCGCCCACCUGCCACCCCCUCAUUCCAGCGUAGGUUCACCAUGGGGCCUCGACUGGACUGCGAGAAGUGUCGGUUGGGGGUGAAGGGGCAUUAUGCGCACUAUACCUAGGGCAGCGUCAAGCGCACGAUACCUAACAGCUAUAGGAUGAUUACCCUUGCACGUCAUGAAAGCAAGCACACGCACAUUCAGCAUCUGCAUGUACACUACAUACUAUUCCCCGCAUACCAGCGAUAAUACCCAGGCAUUCACUUUCCUUGCAUAUGGCUCAUUCUUACCCUUGCACUCGCGCCCUUGAAUUACGCUUUGCAAGUACUGAACUCCCUAUUUGCGC